CUUUAUCUCUUUUUAUAGGGGGUGGACUACCCUAUAUAUUUCCUUUAUAGGGGGUCGACUACCCUAUAUCUUCUUUUUAGAGGGGGUCGACUACCCUAUAUCUUUUUGUUGUUAGGGGUUCGACAAGAUGAGGAAGAAGGUGGAUUCUCGAAUUCGCAUGCUGGUUGAGAAUGGCGUGAAGACGCGGCAGCGGACAAUGUUUGUGAUCGUCGGUGACAAAGGCAGGGAUCAGGUGGUCAAUCUGCAUUACAUGCUUUCAAAGGCUGUGGUGAAAGCACGGCCCACCGUCUUAUGGUGUUACAAAAAGGAGCUCUAUCUCAGCAGUCAUCGGAAGAAGCGGCUCCGUCAAAUCAGGAAGAUGAUGCAGAGAGGCCUCAUAGACCCAGAAAAGGAAGACCCAUUUUCUCUCUUCAUGGCUUCCACCAACAUCAGAUACUCUUAUUAUUCUGAAACACACAAGAUUCUGGGAAACACGUUUGGGAUGUGUGUUCUGCAGGAUUUUGAGGCUUUGACUCCAAAUCUCCUUGCACGUACGAUUGAAACUGUGGAGGGAGGUGGAGCUAUUGUUCUUCUGCUUAGUGCACUCUCUUCUUUGAGCCGGCUCUACACGUUGGCAAUGGAUGUUCAUGCCCGGUUUAGAACCGAGUCGCAUUCGGACGUAACUGGGCGAUUCAAUGAGAGAUUCAUCAUGUCGCUUGCAUCUUGUAGGACAUGUGUGGUGAUGGAUGAUGAACUCAACAUCUUGCCACUCUCCAGCCACAUCCGUGAGCUGCAGCCUGUGCAUCAGUUGGAGGGAGAAGAGGGCAUGUCUGAAGCAGAGCGAGAACUAAAGGAGCUUAAGGAAUCGUUGGCCGACACACAGCCUAUUGGCAGCCUUGUUGCGAAGUGCCGAACUCUGGACCAGGCCAAAGCGGUGAUCACAUUUCUGGAUGCAGCGUCAGAGAAAACACUUCGGAGCACAGUUGCUUUGACUGCUGCGCGUGGGCGUGGUAAGUCCGCCGCAUUGGGUGUGGCCAUUGCGGGGGCAAUUGCACUGGGGUACUCUAACAUUUUUGUAACGUCUCCGAGCCCAGAGAAUUUGAAGACUCUCUUUGAGUUUGUAUUCAAAGGAUUUGAUGCAAUAGAGUACAAGGAACAUAUUGAUUAUGACCUAGUAGAGAGCACGAAUCCUGCUUUCAACAAGGCCAUUGUUCGUGUUAACGUAUUCAGGCAGCAUCGACAAACUAUUCAGUAUGUUCAACCUCAGGAUAACCAGAAGCUGUCUCAAGCUGAGCUCGUUGUCAUUGACGAAGCUGCAGCAAUCCCGCUGCCGGUGGUGAAAGCUCUUCUUGGUCCCUACCUUGUGUUCUUGUCCUCGACAGUGAACGGCUAUGAGGGAACUGGGAGAUCUCUGUCCCUCAAGCUUAUCCAACAGCUGAGGGAGCAAAGUGCCAAAGCUGGUGAUCCUGCAUCUGCUACAAAUGGCGGUUCUGAAGCUGUGGUAGCUGGUUCAGGCCGUGUUUUCAAAGAAGUGGAGCUAAGCGAACCCAUCCGUUAUGCGCAGGGUGACCCAAUCGAGGCAUGGCUGCAUGAGCUGCUCUGUCUUGAUGCAGCAAAUCACAUUCCACGAAUCAGUGGCAGGUUGCCACACCCAAAUGAGUGCGAACUGUACUAUGUAAAUAGGGACACUUUGUUUUCUUACCACAAGGCUAGUGAGGUUUUCCUGCAGCGAAUGAUGGCACUGUAUGUCGCAUCACACUAUAAGAAUACUCCCAACGACCUGCUGCUGAUGUCAGACGCGCCAGCUCAUCAUCUCUUUGUGCUUCUAGGGCCUGUAGACGAGUCCAAGAACGCCCUCCCAGACAUUCUCUGUGUACUGCAGGUCUGCCUUGAGGGAGAGAUAUCGAAAAAAUCGGCAAUGAAGAGCCUCGCAGAAGGCAAUCAGCCAACGGGAGACCUCAUCCCAUGGACCAUAUCUCAGCAGUAUCAGGACUCAGAGUUUCCAUCCUUGUCUGGAGUGCGCAUUGUCAGGAUCGCAACUCAUCCAGAUUUGGUCAGGGCAGGCUAUGGCUCCCGUGCUAUUGAACUCCUAGCAAGGUACUAUGAGGCUCAGAUGACUGAUCUGGGUGAGCAGGAGGAGGACGAGGAGGAGGAGGAGAAGGAGGACUUGCCGACAGACAAGGCAAAAAUCACAGAGAAGGCAGAGGAGGCAGUAUCACUGUUGACUGAGCAAGUCAAGCCUAGGACGGGCCUCCCACCCCUGCUUGUUAGUUUGGCGGAAAGAAAGCCAGAGAAGCUGCACUACAUGGGUGUGUCUUUUGGCUUGACCCAACCGCUGCUGAAUUUCUGGCGGAAGAUGAAGCACGUCCCAGUCUACGUUCGCCAAACGCCAAAUGAUAUUACAGGGGAGUACACAUGCAUCAUGAUCAGGCCACUGCAGUCGGACGAGCUGCAGCAAAGUGAUGGUGAAGCGUGGGGCAGCGCAAUGUGGCUUUCUCCAUUCCUUGAGGAUUUCAAGAAGCGCUUCAUCUGUCUUCUGGGAGUGAGCUUCCAGAAGUUCCCACCCGCCUUGGCUCUUAGCAUUCUCGACCCUAAGAUUGUGUUCAGCGAACAAGAGUCUUCCGAAGGUGUGAGAGCGCCCGGAGUUGUGGGCUCCGGCAUGGCGCUCCUGUCACCUUACGAUAUGAAACGCCUGGAUUCGUACUCACGCAACCUCGUGGACUACCACCUGAUUCUGGACUUGGUUCCAACGAUUGCACAGCUGUACUUCCUGGAGAAGAUACCAGCCACGGUGUCCUAUGGCCAGGCAGCUAUUCUUCUUUCCAUAGGCUUGCAGCGUCAGGAGCUAUCAGAAGUGGAGAAGUCAUUUGCAACUGAGUUCCCUGCUCUGCAGCAGCGGCCUUCCACAAUUCGCUGGUAAAUCGGACAUCCCUGUCACUAAUAAUAGACUUCGGUAACCGAAAGUCCCUAACCCAGUUCUCUUUGAAUUCUGAUCACAUACUCCGUC